GCGAAGAGGAGGCGUUCCCCGGCCAUGUUAGGGUGUCCUUGCAGGGUGUCUUGUGCUAAACUUCACCAAAUAAUAGCUGUUUGUAUUUUGGCUGCAGCAGUGGCCAUUUUAGAUUAGUCCCACUUCCAGCUAGUGACCUGUUCCGUAGAUAUGAGGAGGAGACUAGGCACAAACUGCUCUCUGUGAUGGUAUACAGGAUGCAAUCUAAUGAGUGAUGGGGCACAGGCUGGCAAUAGAAAAGAGUGCAAAACCUUUUAUUUAUGAUAAUGAAAAUACAAAAGCAAGAGCAACAGCUCCCUAACCGGAAAGCACUUAUCUACACAUCAAUGUCCACUGCCUCAAUAUCCUGUGAACGCCAAGUACUUGCCCCAUUUUCUGAAUCUAGUCUUGAAGAUUUUCACCCUGUAACACUUCUAGACACCCCUUCUCGACUUCUGCCUGAAAAUGAACUGUUCUCUGGGCAGGACUCUUGUGAACUGGGCUCAGUGACCAAUCUUAAUGGGAUGGAGGACAGUGGAGGGGGCGGGACGGGUGUAAAGAAAAAAAGGAAAAAAAAGGAGCAGGGAGAGGAAAAGGAGACUAAACCAAAGAAAAAGAAGGAGCCCAAGAAGAUAAAAGAAACUAAGAAGGUGAAGGAGCCCAAAGAGGCCAAGGAACCCAAGCAACCGAAAAACCCCAAGGAGCCGAAGAAGCCAAGGAAGCCGAGGGAGCCAAAACCUCCGAAAGAGAAGAAGGCUAAUUCAGACACGGUUGCUAAAACCAAAUCUAAGAAAACAAGCAAAGAACAGGGACCAAUGCCAGUAGAGAAAAAGAAGAAAGGAAAGAGGAAAGCUGAAUUAUGUGAAGAGAGCCUGGAGAGUGAGAUGUCCAUGCUGAACUCUCAGAGCACAGAGGAGUCAACAGAGUCACUUGACAGUCAGAAACGGAGGUCUGGCCGGCAGGUGAAGCGUAGAAAGUAUAAUGAAGACCUGGAUUUCAAAGUGGUGGAUGAUGAUGGCGAAACUAUCGCUGUGUUGGGAGCUGGGAGAGCAUCUGCACUGUCUGCGUCCACACUGGCCUGGCAAGCUGAGGAGCCACCUGAAGAUGAUGCUAACAUUAUAGAAAGGAUCCUGUCUUCAAGAUUAGUUCACAAAGAGUUCACUCCUGGAGGAAUGCCAAUGGAGACGGAGGAAUUCUAUGUCAAGUACAGAAAUUUUUCGUACCUCCACUGUAAGUGGGCAACGCUCCAAGAUCUUGAGAAAGAUCCAAGGAUCCAGCAGAAAAUCAAGCGAUUUCGCAACAAACAAGCGCAGAUGAAGCAUAUUUUCACUGAGCCAGAUGAAGAUAUGUUUAAUCCAGACUAUGUGGAGGUGGACAGAGUCUUGGAAGUGGCUCACACAAAGGACUCUGAUACAGGAGAGGAGGUGACACAUUACCUGGUGAAAUGGUGUUCGCUGUCCUAUGAAGAGAGCACCUGGGAACUGGAGGAGGAUGUUGAUCCGGGUAAAGUAAAGGAGUUUGAAGCACUGCAAGUUCUGCCAGAGAUUAUCCGAACGGAGCGCCCGCCUUCUGAGUGCUGGCAGAAGUUGGAGUGUUCCCGCACAUACAAGAACAACAACGAGCUAAGGGAGUAUCAGCUGGAGGGCAUGAACUGGCUGCUUUUCAAUUGGUACAACAGGAAGAACUGUAUCCUCGCAGAUGAAAUGGGCCUUGGUAAAACUAUCCAGUCUAUCACCUUCCUCUCAGAGAUUUUCUUUAUGGGAAUCAGAGGACCCUUCCUUAUUAUUGCUCCACUAUCCACAAUCACCAACUGGGAACGGGAGUUUCGGACAUGGACAGAGAUGAAUACUGUGGUGUACCAUGGGAGCCAGAUCAGUCGACAGAUGAUCCACCAGUAUGAGAUGUAUUACAGGGAUACUCAAGGAGCUCCAAUUUCAGGAAUCUUCAAAUUCCAUGUAGUCAUUACAACGUUUGAGAUGAUUCUAGCAGACUGUCCAGAGCUAAAAAAAAUCAGAUGGAGCUGUGUCAUUAUUGAUGAAGCCCAUCGGCUGAAGAACAGAAACUGCAAGCUUCUGGAGGGACUCAAACUCAUGGCGCUGGAACAAAAGGUUCUUCUCACUGGUACCCCCCUACAGAAUUCAGUAGAGGAGCUGUUCAGCUUGCUCAACUUCCUAGAACCAAAUCAGUUCCCUUCAGAAAGCACUUUCCUCGAGGAGUUUGGAGAUCUGAAGACCGAGGAGCAAGUAAAAAAAUUACAGUCUAUCCUCAAACCAAUGAUGCUGAGGCGAUUGAAGGAUGAUGUGGAGAAGAAUUUGGCCCCUAAACAAGAAACCAUAAUAGAGGUGGAGUUGACCAAUAUACAGAAGAAGUAUUAUCGGGCCAUCUUGGAGAAAAACUUCACAUUCCUGGCCAAGGGUGCUAACCAACACAACAUGCCUAAUCUCAUUAAUACCAUGAUGGAGUUACGGAAAUGCUGUAAUCACCCGUAUCUCAUCAAUGGUGCAGAGGAGAAGAUUCUGGAGGACUUUCGCAAGACACACAGUCCUGAUGCCCAUGAUUUUCAACUGCAGGCAAUGAUACAAGCAGCAGGGAAGCUUGUGCUUAUUAAUAAGCUAUUACCAAAACUCCUAGCUGGUGGGCACAAAGUUCUUAUCUUCUCCCAAAUGGUUAGGUGCCUGGACAUCCUGGAGGACUAUCUCAUUCAGAGGAGGUAUACUUACGAACGAAUAGAUGGAAGAGUAAGGGGCAAUCUCCGCCAGGCAGCCAUUGACAGAUUCUGUAAACCAGACUCUGAUCGAUUUGUGUUCCUGCUCUGCACUCGUGCGGGAGGACUGGGAAUCAACCUGACAGCUGCAGAUACUUGCAUUAUCUUUGAUUCUGAUUGGAAUCCACAGAAUGACCUUCAGGCACAAGCUCGCUGUCAUCGCAUUGGGCAGAGCAAAGCAGUGAAGGUUUAUCGUCUGAUAACCAGGAACUCUUACGAGCGUGAAAUGUUUGAUAAAGCGAGUCUAAAGCUGGGGCUGGACAAAGCAGUUCUGCAGGAUAUUAACAGGAAAGGCAAUACUAAUGGAGUGCAACCACUAUCUAAAAUUGAGGUUGAAGAUCUCCUUAGAAAAGGAGCAUACGGUGCCUUGAUGGAUGAGGAGGAUGAAGGUUCUAAAUUCUGUGAAGAAGACAUUGAUCAAAUUUUACAGCGCAGAACACAAACCAUCACUAUCCAGACUGAAGGAAAGGGCUCGACAUUUGCUAAGGCCAGUUUUGUGUCUUCUGGUAAUAGAACGGACAUUUCUCUAGAUGACCCUAACUUCUGGCAAAAAUGGGCAAAGAUUGCUGAGAUGGACACAGAUGCCAAGAAUGAGAAGGAGAGUUUAGUCAUUGACCGCCCUCGUGUAAGGAAACAAACAAAACACUACAAUUCAUUUGAGGAUGACGAGUUGAUGGAGUUUUCAGAGCUAGAAAGUGACACUGAGGAGCGUCCAACAAGGUCACGUCGGCUGAAUGACAAAACACGGCGUUAUCUGCGGGCAGAGUGCUUUAGGGUGGAGAAGAACCUUCUCAUAUUUGGCUGGGGACGCUGGAAGGACAUCCUUACACUCGGCCGCUUUAAAUGGCACUUAAAUGAGAAAGAUAUGGAGAUGAUCUGCAGAGCCUUGCUGGUUUACUGUGUUAAGCAUUACAAAGGUGAUGAGAAAAUCAAAAGUUUCAUCUGGGACCUCAUUACUCCCACAAAGGAUGGCCACAACCAGGCUCUCCAGAACCACUCAGGUCUGUCUGCCCCAGUCCCACGUGGAAGAAAGGGGAAGAAAAUGAAGAAUCAAAUGCUGCUUCCAGAGAUUAAGAAUGCAGAUUGGCUUGCUAGCUGUAACCCGGAGAUUGUUUUGCAUGAUGACAGCUACAAGAAGCAUCUCAAACAACACUGUAACAAGGUUCUCCUACGAGUUCGAAUGUUGUAUUACCUAAAAGCAGAGGUUCUAGGGGAUGCGGCUGCCAAAGCUUUGGAGGGUGUAAAUGUGAGAGAUUUGGAUAUCAUGUUACCUGACAUAGAUUAUGUAGAAAUACCUGCAGACUGGUGGGAUGCUGAGGCCGAUAAAUCACUCCUGGUUGGAGUUUUUAAGUUUGGUUAUGAGCGUUACUGUUCCAUCAGAGCAGACCCAGCUCUUUGCUUUCUGGAGAAAGUGGGAAUGCCAGAUGAAAAUUCUCUGUCAGCUGAUGGAGUUAAUGAUGUGGCUCCAGAUUUAUCAGAACGGAGUGGUCCAGAAAAAGAGGAGAGUAAUGAGGUUAAGCCAGAACUACUGGAAGAGCUGGACACAAAUCCCAGUGAAAGAAAUGUGGAGCAGAUUGAUGAUGAGAGCAGUGCAGCCCAGGAGAGUCUUGAAUCAGACAAACUGUUGUGGCCUGUUGCAUCAGCUCUUACUGCAAGACUGCGUAGGCUCAUCACCGUAUACCAGCGCUGCAACCGCAGGGAACUGGCACGACCAGAGAUCUUGGCUCCUACUAACCACAACUACUGGCUGCAGGAGGAAAUGGUCAGGAGAGCAGAGAUGGACCCAAUAAUGAAAGAAAUGCAAAAAAGAUGGACUAGAAGAGAACAGGCAGACUUCUACCGAACAGUCUCCUCUUUUGGAGUAAUAUACGAUCCUGGCAAGAAGUGCUUUGACUGGACACAAUUCCGAGCAUUGUCCCGUCUUGAUAAGAAGACCGAUGAGAGCCUAGAAAAAUACUUCCACAGCUUUGUGGCCAUGUGCAGAAAUGUCUGCCGUCUUCCACUCAGAAAGGAUGAUGGUUCUGCCGAUCCUUCUCUUUUCUUAGACCCCAUAACAGAAGAACGAGCAGCAAGAACUUUGUAUCGUAUAGAACUUUUAAGAAAGGUUCGGGAACAAGUACUAAGGCAUCCACAGCUUCAUGAGCGUCUAAAGUUGUGUAGGCCCAGUCUCUACCUUCCCGUGUGGUGGGAAUGUGGCAAGCAUGAUAGAGACCUGUUAAUAGGCACUGCCAAACAUGGACUAAGCCGUACAGAUUACUACAUCAUGAAUGAUCCACAAUUGACUUUCCUGGAUGCUUAUAGGAAUUAUUCUCAGCAUAAAAGAAAUGGUGUGGACAACUUGUGUUGUCAUUAUCAGAUAGCUUCCAAAAUGUAUGAACCCGAUUGCCAUUUAGAGAGGACAUUUGAUUCUACAAAGAUAGAAGCUGAAAAUGAGAUAAAAAUUGAAGCUGUUGAGGAGCCCAUUGCAAAUCAAAACUGUAGCCCUCAGGACCUUUCCUGUGAAAACUUCAUCUCUCAAGUUGGAGAUAUGAUCUCCAGUAGCCACGAUGACUGUUCUCUGCCUGACCCUCUCAUGUGUAUGAUGUAUGAUGAAAAGACAUGUAAUAGCACUCUUUUACAAGCUACCUGUGAACAGAGCGCUCUCAAUCAGGAGAGCUUCUUGGGUUUGGAAGAAAAAAGUGAGCCGACUGAUUACUCCUUAAAUAAAACCAAAGAGGAGAAUUUAACACAAGUUGAGGAACCUGUUUCUAGAGAUUGCUUCCUGGGAAGCAAUGAACAGGAAUGUGAUCCUAUAGAUGGACAAGAUAGCAGAUUAGGCAAACCAUUUAACAGCAAUGAGAGUCAUCUCAGUUUAUCACCAGAAGAGGAUGAGCAACCACACGCUCAAAGCAUUGGCCAGAGGGAAGCACAGGCUUUAAAUGAUCCUUUUUGUACAAAUCUUGGUCAAACUGCCUUGAGCCUAGAUCUUGACUUUCUGGAACAUUCUGCUCUUAGUCCCAAUCUCAAUGAGGAGAAAGAUUGUGGUAUAAUUGGAGAAAGUCCGGAAAGCCCAAAUUGUGAUAUUCCAGUAGAGGAAAAAGAGGAAUGGGGGGCUGAGCUCCAGGAAAUUAAAGAUGACCCCAUUGUAAAAUGGCAUAAAGAGCUAAAUGACAUGAAGGAACUUCCUUUAGAAGAAGGUAGUGAAGAGCAAAAAGUGAAGGAUUUAAGUGUACAAAAUGAAGUUGCAAAAUUAGGUGAAGAUUGCUGUGCCCAGCCCAUGGACGAUAAAGACUCUGUGGAGUCCAAACAUAAAACUGGUGAAAUGCUUUCUGGCCUCUUAAAGCAAAAUGCUGGGGAUUUGAAAGUUAAAUCCCCAGAUGAAAAACUGUUAGAGGGGUCUAAAUCUCUUACUGAUGGAAAAGUUAAAGUGGAGGACUGUGAAGUGAAAAAGGAGAAUAUGGAGGAGGAAUGUAGCUGUAAAGAAGACACCAAUAAUUAUGGCAGAACAUGGAUUUGGAAGUCAGAACCCACAGACCUCCUUGACAAAUUUCCAGAAGAUGAGGCUAAAAUUUGCAGAGCAUCAACUCCUAGGGAGGCAGCGCAGGACUUCCAGGAUGGCCGGGCACCCACUAUUGCUCAACUUCUGCAGGAAAAAACGUUGUAUUCGUUUUCUGAAUGGCCCAAGGAUCGAGUGAUUAUUAACCGGAUAGACAAUAUUUGUCACUCAGUACUUAAGGGGAAAUGGCCAUCCUCCAGCCAGCAGUUUGAAGCACAGUGCAUGGUACCGUCCGUGUUAAACAGUAAUCUGUGUCCAAGGAGCAGCUAUACCACUGCAGAAGCACAAAAUUCAACAUACAGUAAUGGCUCUCCGGGAUCACAUGUACAGAAGCAUUCACAAGAAACAAUAACGGCUGCCGCAUUUCCAAAUGAUGACCGGAAACAUAGGCGACCAUUUGAGUUUGAGAGCGAAAGGUCAGAUGCCAAGCCCCGAGGAGCACAACAUCUCAGCACUUCACAUGGGAGAACCACUGCAGCAUUGAAUGGAUGGAGAGAGACUGCCAUGGAGCUUUGCAGAGAGCAGUCUGCUGUAGGCAGCUCUGCCUAUUCCAUCAAUAGCAACACAGGAAAAAUGGCUGCUAGUAUGAGUGGGUUACAAAGCUCUUUAGGAUUGGACUUGUCAGGAAUCUUGCAGGCUGGGCUCAUCCAUCCUGUCACUGGACAGAUAGUAAAUGGUAAUUUGCGGAGGGAGGAGUCUUCUCUGCGAAGGAGGAGAGGAAGAAGAAAAAAUGUUGAGGGGAUGGAUCUGGUGUUCAUGAAAGACAGGGGACUGCAUGCAGGAAUUGUGGGCCUGCGUGACGAAUCUACCCAUUUGGGCUCUGCUCACACAGAUGGUUCUGUCCCUACACAGUCUGCCACUAGUGCUACUAAGGUACAGGCAGAGAAGGUGAUUCCUAACAAAAGCCUCCUUGAGUGGCUGCGUCAACAGUCGGACUGUACAAUAGACAUACCAACAUAUGGAGGUAGUUUUUCAGAGAAACCCAAACCAAGACGGCAGCGUUGCAAAGACCCUAGUAAACUGGAAGUUAACAUCCUCACUGGAGAAGAAAGAAUCCCGAUUAUCAACAAGGACGCAGGAAGAAGGGGGUUUCUUCCUGAAGCGAAGUUUGGCAGAGUAUUGUCAGAGCCCAUUCUCCGUGACACAGGGCCGAGGAGAAGAGGAAGGAGACCUCGCAGUGAGCUUAUAAAGUCCCCAGGAGUGGUUGGAUCUGAUUCCUCAUCGUCAGGCAUGAACCCACUUUUUAUGAACGGCCUUAUAGCUGGAAUGGAUAUAGUUGGUUUGCAAAACAUGAGGAACAUGCAGGGUAUUCCACUAACUGGGCUGGUGGGAUUUCCUACUGGAUUCACAACCAUGUCUGCCAAUGACGACAUUAAGAACACAUUGAGUAUGUUGCCCAUGAUGCUCCCCAGUAUGGCUGGUAUGCCUCAAAUGUUUGGUGUAGGUGGAAUCAUCAAUCCUCCCAUCUCCUCCUCUGUGCCAACAUCUUUAGGAAGCACAAUAAAAGGUGGUGCCACAGAAAAAGCUACUGAGGACAAAGACACCAGCCAAGAAAGCUCACAAGAUACAGCACCUCCAGAUAAAGCUGUAGGUACCACCUUUAAAGAACAGUUAGAACCUGCAGUGACUACAAGCAGCUCUGUAGCUUUUAACCCAUUCCUUAUUCCUGGCAUGUCCUCAAGUCUACUAUAUCCUUCCAUGUUUCUGUCACCGGGCAUCGGCAUGGCAAUACAAGGCAUUCAGUCAAGCCGCUCAACGGAUUCAGGUGGCCAUGAACCACAACGGAGGAGGAGGAAGAAGGUAAAGGAUGAUCCCCAGACUUCUGAACCGGAGUCUGUGCCCUUUACAGAACCCACGGACCACGAGCAACUGUCUCCCAGUGGACAGAACUGUGUAGAUACAAGUGAAGCACCGGCAUCUGAGAAAGAGGAGGACAAUUCUGGUUUGAAAGAGACUCCGGACAAUACCAUUUAGAACUUUACCCUCAGAAAUUGUGACUUGUGAGUUCUUUCUCUCAUAAAUAUUUCUAACUCUC